ACACCGCGUGCUACCUUCGACCGAUACCCGCGUACCGAACGCUCGCGUCGCGCCAAACUUGUUCAAACUGAGUUUAUAGUUUGUUACAAACCUGUUCCCGCGAACGAAAAAAAUCAUCCAAUACGAUACAAGAUUCACUUCUAACCUUCCUACGAUAAUAUCGUUCUAUCGUGCCUACGAACUUGACCGUGAAAACUCGACAGAAACUUUAAAAAGUUUUUUGACGUGUGUAAGCUCCGGUCAUGGUUGAACGAAGUUCUCAAUAAACCGGUCGUUGAGAGGCGCCGGUUCUUUUCAAAACUGGGGCUACAAAUGAGCUUCAAUGUUUAGAAGAGGACGUAAGACGCGUUACAUCCGCGUUAUCCUGAAGGCAGGGGCGUGGAAACGAGUGCCGAUGAAGUUGCUGAAGUGGGGGAGAAAGAUGCCUUCCACUAGACAAUACGAUCUGGUUCCGAACGAUGAGUAUGAUCCGAGGAUACCUCUACAUCCGGAUGAAGCAUUCAAUUAUGGAAUCACUUUCCAUGCUAAGUACAUUGGAACCAUGGACGUUCCGCGGCCGAGCAGUCGAGUUGAAAUUGUAGCUGCAAUGCGCCGCGUUCGAUAUGAAUUUAAAGCGAGGGGUGUGAAGAAGCGCAAAGUUACCGUGGACGUGUCGAUAGAUGGCGUGCGUGUGACCACGCGUACCAAGCACGCUAAGAAAAAGAAGGGUUCUUCGAAAUUCUUCAGCCGCAACAGGAAUGCCACGAAUGAUUGUAUCGAGAUCAUGCACCACCCAAUCUACCGUAUCUUCUACGUCUCUCACGACAGUUCCGAUUUGAAGAUCUUCUCUUACAUCGCUAGAGAUGGUGCUACUAACGUUUUCAAGUGCAACGUUUUCAAGAGCAGCAGGAAGAGUCAAGCAAUGAGGAUCGUCCGCACUGUCGGCCAAGCAUUCGAAGUUUGUCACAAGAUGCAAUCAACUCCUGAACAUCCUGCACCUUCGACCUCAUCCGCUGCUGAUGAUGUCGUGCAGGUUGAACACAGCGCCGAAGUACCAGCCCCUAAAGAGCCGGUCUCAGAAUGUGGUGCUUCGGAGUCAUGUGCGGCUUCCACGUCUAAAGAGGAACCGAAGAACAUUCAGAACAGACCAAAGCAUUUGGAUCUUCUGCCCCCACCACCGAGGAAGGAAGGGAAACGUAUGUCACAGCACACGAAUACUGUUCCGAGCAUCAAUCUGCCGGAUUUGCCGGAAUGCGUGACCAAAGUAGAGAUGGCGAACAUGCCGGAGGGAGAUUUGGCAACACCGCUCAGCGCCCAACAUCAAUUACAACUGCUGCGCGAGCGGCUUGAGCAACAAGCACAACAGACACAGGCAGCGGUCGCGCAACUGCUUCUGUUGCGUGAUCAGCUUGCCGCGGAGCAAGCAGCGCGUUGCGAGGCCCAAGCCCGUACUCAUCAAUUGUUGGUUCACAAUAAAGAACUAUUGGAGCAUAUUGCUGCACUCGUCGCACACUUGCAAGAAAAAGAGAAGGGUAAUGGAAAUAGUCAAUCAAUCAGUCGGCCAAUCAGCGCUCAGCAACUGACACUUUUGCCACAGAAAUCUGGAGGCAACGAAACGAUGAAAUCUGCCGCCUGUAAUGGGAACUGUCAACCAAAUAAUAACGACGCGCUGAUCAACUUCUUCACUCAAAAUAACAAAGUAACUCAGAACGUUGAAAACAACAACAUAAAUUUUUCACCUUUCUGUCUCUCCCCGACGACGCCAGACAAGCCAAAUGGACCCAACUCCGCGCCCAACUUCGGGAGCAUGACUAAUGAACAGAUUCAAAAUUACUUGAUAUCGAAAUUCCAGGAUAUGAAUUUCACCAAUGUCACUGAUAUGAAUACGAGCCCCAAUAAGCAGUUUUACCAAAAUUGUAACGCGUUCCCGCAUAUUCCACCUCUGGCUAACCACUACAGUAAUUCUGAUCUGGUAAGCCUAUUAAAUCACCAAGCUUAUAAGGACAAGUUCAGUUCAAGCGAUGAAUUCGCGAUGGCCCAAGCGAUGAGUAUUGGUCAAUCUCAGAAUUCUUUAUACAGCACCAGCCAUACCACGUCCAAAGACUCUUCACCCGACGACAUAAGCUCAGAUGACGGCAUACCAUUCAUAAUGCCACUGUCGCAUAACGGAACUUUGACUGCUACCGGAAAUGAUGGCCGUGUACGGCUCAUUGUGCCCGUGAGCCCUUCAGAGAGUACAUCGGAAGUCGGAGAAACCCAAGCUGAAGCUAAGGGUAGUCUAGGUGCAACCCUAAAAGUACCAGGAGCUGAACAUUCUCUAGCGCCAGCGGCACCGAUCACUCGCUCAACCAGCGAGAAAGUUCCAAACAGGAGCGAAAUGAUGACGGCCUUGCGAUCUCAAUGGACGAGGCAUACCACGAAAUAAAUGAAUUAUUUCAACCAACUAGAGUCCAGUUACCUACGUUAAAUUUAAGUUAUUAUAAGUUGGCCCACUCGUUUUUAUUUUAUAACCUAUUCAUCUGUUCUUUUGUAAAACUAGUAAACACGAAUGUGCCACACUAAUAUACCCAACUAAUGGUCGUUCGUAAGAAUAGAUUGUAACCCAGUUUACAUAUCAAAUUAAAUCUAGUCCGAAUCUUAUUUGAAUACGUUUGUAUUCAUUACAUAUCUUCGUCAUAUCGAAAUCAGAUGUAAUUUAGUUUUUAUGAGCAACAUUUAUUAGAAUAUUAUUGGAGCCACAUUGGUAUUUACGGGCUAUAUAUUUUUAUUAAUAACCCAAUAUGUGUGUCUUUGGAAAAGACAAUACUUUAAAAUUUCUUAUAGCUGAUCUUAUUUACGCAUAAAAUGCGAAAAAAUGAUUAACACGUCAAAAUAAAAUAUCAACCGUACAGCAAACUUCACACUUUGUAGCAACAAAGAGAAUUUAUCAUCCAUAGAACACAUUUCUUGUCACUUGUCAGUUAUGGCUAAAAUAAGAAAAUCUGUACUUGUAUUGCACAGCAAUUUUAAGAAAACGUGCCAAUGUUUUAUAAAAUAUUUACAAUUAUACUAAUAUUUAAAAAAAAAAAACUAUUUUAGAAAAUACGUAUACUUCAUAUCGGCCAAGAUAUCCUACGCUUUCUAAUUGACACCUGCAUCUCUCGAAUAGUAAAUCAGUCAAUCUCAAUGUGUAGAUUUUGUGUAAUAACGGAUAAAAUUAAUCAAUAUAUCUGUGUCUAGUCAGCGUUAAACUAUUUAUAACAUUUAACGUAUAUAGCAAUAGAAUUCAAUGUUUUAAGAAUUUUCAUCUACAAAGGUCAGCUCAAAUCUGGUAAGACAUGUUUGAAAUGUAGGGAACAAGUAUAUUGUAUAUCCUGGCUUCGGUUUUGGAAUAAAUUCGAAAUAAGAAAUCGUUAAAGAUUUUUGAUAUUUGAAAAUUUGUUGCUUUGUUGGAAAACGAUCCGUAUGGACAAAUAUGAAUUGAGCUCUCCUUCUAUCAAAAUAUUUAUUCGAUGUCUAAUACUGGUAAUGAUUAUAUUGUAUUUCAGCAAUGCUAUUCUUUAAAAAACAAGUAUGACACUCGAUACUCGAUCUGAAUUACAACGUAAGGCGACAGAUGAUGAUAGGCAAUUUUGAUGCAUAUGUCCUUAUUCAUAAAAAAUAAGACGUAUAUUGUAGACAAUGUCGCAUACUACUUUUUUAAUUACCAUAAUUGAGUUCUUCGUCGAGUUUCGAGUUUGUUCUUAUAAUGGGACGACCCACACAUAAAUAUGUGUAAUAUUUAUAUAAUUUUAUGAAAGUAUUUGAAAAAUUCCAAACAAAAAGAUAUCAGAGACGAGUAUAUGCACUUAAAACAGGUAUAUUAUUGGUGUUAACUCAGUAUUCUGGUUAUAGGGAUUCUAAUAUAAGAAUAUUGUCUUUGAGAUAUUAAAAAUAUUUUUAUUAAAUAAAAAAUUGUAAAGCUAAGUCUACAUUGAUGUUUUAAUCAAACGAAGAUUAAUUUUGGUUUAGAGUUUUAAUGGUUUAACGAUUGUGUCAUAAUAUUUUUUUAUAAUGUAGUAUUCUGUAAAAAUAAAUUCGUAACUCACUGCAAAUCACGAACAUGACAUGGCAGAAUGUAAUACGACAUCGACUAUAAAAAAUAUAAAAUUUAUCGGACACACGUAUUCAAAUAGCAUUGAUAUGCUAUUUGAAUACGUGUGUACGAUGAUUCGUAAGUCGAUUUUCAACAUUUCACGAGUGAGAUACGAAUGAAUUUAUACAGAAUGAACGCAGGAAUGAAAAUUUAAUAAAAAUAAUAUC